AUGAAAGGGAUUGACUUCGAGGAAUUUCAAACAUCUGAUAUAGCAGUGGCGGUGGCGAUUUCUGUAGUUGGAAUUGAUAUUGAAAACGCUGGAUUUUCUGCAAUCUUUGAGCAUGCAGAGAAGGAGAGGGGUCUUAAAUGUAUGGUGGUUGUGAGCAAGGGUUGUACCAUGAGCUUUGGGAGUGGUACAAUGACAUCAUUGCCUGAAAGCCUGAUAGGUGUGCUUGAGGCUUCAAUUUUGAGUUGUAAAACUGACGAUUCACCUACUUGUUCUAAAAGGAGGAGCCUCAACAACAUUAGCCCUUGA